UUCAUUUUCUGUUUUUUCAUACUUCCCAAACAAAAUUAUACUUUAUAGCUUGGUUAUUUUUUGGCGAACGUUUUAUUUUUCUCUUUCAAAUUUUUUUAUUCCAAACAUCGGAAUGCAUUAUGGCAGAAAAGAUUCAAAAGCAAAUAAUUGAUUACUUUUCAUUCUUCGAAGAAUUUUUCGUCACUUCCAAAACGUGUUUGAAAGAUUGCCAAGAGUGCGCCGUAUCUAUAAAUAAGCUAAUAAAACGCUGCAGAAACAUAGAACACGCAGAAAUAAUUGGGUCCCCUCUAGAAGAGUUUGUGGAUCUUCAGAGCAAACUGUCUUCCAUUUUGCAUAACUUGAUUACAGAUGAGAUAAAAGUGAUUAAAAGUAAAUAUUGUACAAUAGAAGAUUUGUUUGAAAAACUACAUAACAAACAGCAGGCGCUCCUUGAGACUUGCAGACAGACAGAUUUAGAGCCUACCGCGCUAUUAGUGAAAGGUACGCCACUUCAGCCACCUCUGAAUCAAUUGUUGGAGUUUGUAGAGGACACCAUAACAUUUGCAAGCCAAAUCCACGCUCAGGUUGAAACAUCCUUGAAUAUAAUAUCUUUUAAAGGAUUGAACACAGAACCAUUAUACGAAAAUUUUAAAAUUACUACCAAUUGGCAACAACGUAUUGCCGAGAUUUUAGCUUACACAUCUUUCUGUUCUGAAAACAAAAUUUAAACAUGGAUUUCCUCGAUUCCAUUCUGAAUUCUAUGCAGAAACCACCGAGUGCCAGCGAGGCACAGAAGAAUGCUAUGAAAAAACAGAAGGAAGCAAUGGAACGCAAACAUAAAGAAGAGAAGAACAUGAUAAAUAGAUUCAGAACGCGCCUUGAAGAGAAGAUUAGCAAAUUCAUUAAAAAUGGCACAACACCACAUUUACAAUUUGAGCCUAUGGACCAAAUGUACCGGUCUAUCAUAAGAGAUGUCGCAGAGACUGCUGGCUUGCAAGUAUUUUCAUUCGGACAAGAGGGUAUUGACCGGUAUUCAGUGGUUUACGCAAAAGAAAAGGGCCCUUCAGAAGAUGAGGUAACUGUGCGAAGAGCCGGAGGUAUCUGGGACGAGGAGAAAGCUGCAGAAAUGGCACAGAAACAUUUAGAUAUGCAGAAACAAGCUGCCUUAGAGUCUGAAGAAGAAAAUACGCGAAAACGUAAGCGUGGUAAAGAAGAGUUAAGUGGUACUUUUUAUAAACAGAAAUAUGCGCAUCUGAUAGGCCAGGAAGCGGCGAUCGAUGCGGCGCAGAAGACAAAUGUAAAUAAGAGUUACGGUGAGGUACCAAGUGAGAAUAAGAAGGAUCAACGGUCCAUAGAGCAGACUAUGGCAGAUAUACGAGCUAAGAAACUAAGGAAGGCUGAGACUGCAACAUUAAAUACAGACUGUACUACUGAAACCUAGUGUUUACACAAUUUAGGUUUAAAUAAAAUAUUUAGGUCGAAAUGUUUCUUAUGAUGUCCUAUCAUUAUUACGUGUAUAAGACAUGAAGUGUCACAAGUGUUGAACAUUGAAUACAUGUAGUGAGGUAAACUAUUAAUAUCUCUAUGUCACCUAUUCUAGCCGGUAAGCAUCUUGCCUUGUAGGAUGUGUUUUGUUGAGUCAACACAGUCGAAAUGCAGGGUAGAGAGGCAUGACAUCAUUGUCCUCUGAAAUGGUAAUGC